AUGCCUCUCGUCGUACCUGGUAUCAACAACAACUCCUCCGAUGACAAGACCGAGGAGUGGACCAACAAGCUUGUCGGCAAGAAGCUCCACGAGGAGGAGUCCAACGAGACUACCUUCUGCAAAAGGGAUCUCCCCGAGGAGACGCGCGUCAUUGAGCCUGGUAUGAUGGUCACCAAGGAUUUCAGACCCUCCAGACUCAACGUACAUGUCAAGGAGGACGGGACCGUCUCUCACGUCAACCACGGUUGA